AUGAUAAGGCCAACAAGAAUUUUAAAAUUUAAUGAAUCAAAAUUGCUAAGAAUUCAAAGCCUUGAUUUGAAGUCUACAAUGGUAAAUUUGAUUCCUAAGAGAAGGGCAGAAUUGUUGGAGAUUAGAAAAAAUUAUCAAAAUCUCAAGGUUGAUGAUAUCACCAUUGGUUCUAUAAUUGGUGGUAUGAGAGGUAACCGAUCCUUAUUAUGGCAAAGUACAUCCUUGGACCCAGAAACAGGAAUUAAAUUUCAAGGUUAUACUAUCCAAGAAUGUCAAGAUUUAUUACCAAGUGUCAGCAAUAAGGGAAAAAAGGAAAACUUUCUUCCAGAGUCCAUCCUAUGGUUACUAAUGACCGGUGAAAUUCCGACUCAACAACAAGCUGAUAAUUUAUCUAAAGAAUUGGCAACAAGAGGUACUAAGUUGCCAGAAUAUACAAUCAAAAUCAUGAAUGACCUCCCAAAAAAUAUGCAUCCAAUGACACAAUUAGCUAUUGGAUUGGCAUCCAUGAAUAAAAGCUCUAUCUUUGGGGAAAAAUAUCAAGAAGGAUCUAUUGGUAAAAAUGACUUUUGGGAGUACAUUUUUGAAGAUGUUUUAAACUUGAUCGCAGCUUUACCUCAGUUAACUGGUAAAAUUUACUCCAAUAUAACGAAUAAUGGAGAACCUUUGGGUAAAUUUAAUGAAAAUAAAGAUUGGAGUUAUAACAUCUGCUCAUUAUUAGGUAUGACAAAUAGUAAUGAUUCCUUAAAUACCUGUAAUUUCAAUGAUUCUCAAUCAAAUGAUUUCAUAAAUUUAAUGAGACUUUACACCGGUAUUCAUGUUGAUCAUGAAGGAGGUAAUGUCUCGGCACAUACUACACAUUUAGUUGGGAGUGCUUUGUCAGAUCCAUAUUUAAGUUAUUCUUCUGGUAUAAUGGGUUUAGCUGGGCCACUUCAUGGGUUAGCAGCACAAGAAGUAGUUAGAUUUUUAAUUCAAAUGAAUAAAGAGAUAUCAUCUCCAAACAACGAAGCAGAAAUUGAAGAAUAUCUAUGGAAAACAUUGAAUUCUAAUAAAGUUAUUCCAGGCUAUGGACAUGCAGUAUUGAGAAGACCUGAUCCAAGAUUCACAGCAAUGCUUGAUUUUGUAAAGGCAAGACCAACAGAAUUUUCAAAUGAUCCAAAUGUAACACUAAUGAAAAACUUGUCUGAUAUAACUCCAAAAGUAUUAUUAGAGCAUGGCAAGACUAAAAAUCCAUUCCCAAACGUUGAUUCAGCAUCGGGUAUCUUAUUUUAUCAUUAUGGAUUAAAAGAACUAUUAUUUUUUACAGUUAUAUUUGGUUGCUCAAGAUCAAUGGGUCCAUUGACUCAGCUAGUAUGGGAUCGUAUUUAUGGUCUACCAAUUGAAAGACCAAAAAGUUUAGAUAUUCAACAAAUCAAAAAUAUUUGCAAGAAGACUUCCUCUGUAUAG